CUGUGCACUGCUUCUAUAUCCAUCCGUCGAAUUCCAAGCAACGUGACGACUUGUUGGGCACUCACUUUAUCUUUUCCCAUGGUCACAACCAACAAACUCGUCUUCGGCGUCGCCAGUCUCGUCUCGACGGCGCUCGCGGCCUGCGACUCGGCCGCGUUUCCCAAUGCCCCGUCGGUCGCCCUCGGCCCCGACAUGUCGGUGCGCAGCCUCGUCCAAGGCGCCAACGUUUGCUUUCAGGUCACGGCCGCCGUCGCCAACGCGCGAUGGGUGUCGAUUGGUCUCGCGUCCUCCUCGCGCAUGGUGAGCAGCCCCGUCUCGAACGCCGUUGUUAUGGAGAUCGGGUCCGGCGCGCCCACCGUCCGGCUCUACGAACUGCGCGGGUACUCGGCCGCAUCGAUAGUCCUACAAGCCGACCAGUCGUCCCUCUCGGUCGUGCGCUCGGGUGUCACCAACGGUGUCGCCACGUUCACCUUUCAGCGGCCGCUAACGUCGCCGUCGGCACUCGAUGUUGCCCUCGCUGACAACAGCGCAGCCAACCUCCUUUGGGCCCACGGCGCAUCGGCGUUCCCGUCGUACCAUGACGCUGCCGGUGCUACGCGAAUCGUGCUCUCGUCGUCGACGGGCCCGGCCCAGGUGCUCGCAACCAUGUCGACCGUCGUCACCUCGUAUACGGCCCAGAUCGUCGCGGCGGGGUUCGCCACCAUGGUCCUUCUUGGCCUCGUGGCGACGUACACUGGGGAGUGGCGCGCCAUCAACCAAAAGACGCUCUGUGCACCGCCAACGUCGCGGCACCUCUUUGCCGGCCUCCAGCAGUCGCUCGCCGACCUCAAACUCGGUGAGCUCGUCGUUCUUGCUGUGUACGUGGCGACGCUGAUCGCAGUGGGUCUCUCGGUGCGGGCACAGUUUGCGGACGCGUCGCUCGGCCGCGCGCUGGCGCUCAUCUCGGGGCACUUGGCUCUGGUCGACAUGAUGCUCUUGCUCUUGCCCGUCGCGCGCGGCAAGCACUGGGAGGUCGUCUUUGGCAUCUCGCACGAGCGCAUUCUCAAAUUCCAUCGGGCGCUCGGCCGCUCGUGCGUCGUCUACGCCACGCUGCACUUGGUCCUUACCGCCAACGCCAGUGGCGUCACCAACGCUAACGUGUACGGGACGCAGGGCGUGACGCCGCUCUACGGCUUCCUCGCCUUCCUCGCGUUCGCGUCCAUGGGGCUCAUCGCGUUCGAGCCGAUCCGUCGGCGCUGGUACGAAGCCUUCCUCUACUUCCACCGUGUCGCGGCGCUUGCUGGCAUCGUCUUGGCCAUGCUGCACAGCACGGCGGUGGUCUAUGGCAUGAUCUUCCCGCUUGUCAUUUACGGCCUCAGCGCUCUCGGCCGUCUCCGUGCCUUCUUCAACCGGUUCGAGGCUACCGUCGACGUGAGCGCGCCCGACACGGUCACGCUUGUGUUGCCGUCGACGACAAAGACCAAGCACUGGGCGGCCUCGAUGAACCCGUGCGCCUUCUUCUACGUCUGCGUCCCGUCCAUCUCGGCCACCGAGUGGCAUCCGUUCUCAGCAAUCGUGUCGCCCGACCAAGAUUCGAUCGGCUUCUGCAUGAAGGCGCUCCAGAAAGGGUCGUUUGUCGACAAGGUGUGCCACGCCGCGGCCGAUGCGACGACGCUGACCGUGCUUGUCGGUGGGCCGUACGGCAAGCCGGCCGUCGACCUCGACCGGUACGACCACGUGGUCAUGGUCUGCGGCGGUAUUGGUGUCACGCCGAUGCUGAGCGUGAUGAACCAGUGCCGCGACAAGUGGGGUGAGACGCACCGCGCCAACUUGGAAAUGCACUGGGUCGUACGCGCGCCGGCGGAUCUCUUGAGCGCCGACCGCCUCAUGUUCCCGCUGCCGCAUGAUAUUGUGUGCAAGCUCUACAGCACGGCGGCCGACGAGUCCAGCAGCCUCCUCAGCAGCACGGGCGAGACCGUACACUACGUCCGUGGCAAGCCGAUUCUGGACGAGGUCAUCAACCACGAGCGGUUCCUGGGGAAGAAGGUGUGCGUACUCGCGUGCGGCCCACCGGGUCUCGUGGCCGACGUCCAGCGCCACGCGCGG